AUGGCCUAUCAGCUGAAACUGUUUUCCACUGGAUAUGAUAUAGGAGAACACGUGGCAAUGUGGACGAGAAAUCCAAAGAAAAUGUUGACAUUGGAGUCGUUGGAUGGGUUGGAGAUGCUUCUGAUUGCCGGGUUCAUGGAAUGGCAUUAUUUGUUUUCAGUUAUUUUUGGAGGACUUUCAGUUUGUAUCGAGAGAGUAAUAGCAUCCAUAAAUUACGAAAAGAAUACCAAACUUUGUACUCCUAUCUUUCUAACAGUAAUCACUCAACUUCUUACAAUUUUUUUCACGUUGCAAGUAUUUUAUGAUCGCUUGAAUAUCAUUGCGGCUAACAUUAUAUGGAUAGUUUGCUGUAUUUUGGCUUGUACGAUGCACUUCAUGAUCAAGAAAACUAACAAAGACUGGCAGAGAAAAAUGAAGAAUCCAAUGCGGAAAGAUAUAUUCACAGUGUCUCAACAAUUUCAAGUCAAGGAGAACUUGAGAGCAGUUGCGCUCUCCCAAAAACUGCUCUAUUCUUUAUUCGGAGUGAUUGCUGUUGGAGGACUUGGAAUAGUCGUUUUGAUAUUUGAACUUGUUCCUCCUUUUUUCUGUCAUUUCCUGGAGAAUAUCGUGUUUUUAAAUCCGUACCUCAUCAGUUUCGUCAUAAUGUACAGUCAUCCGUCCUGGAAAGAACAGUUCAAAAAUGCACUUCCGUCCUUCAAAGUGAGCAGAAGACCUUCAAGAAUUGACGUUGCAAGUGUGGAACCCUUUGAUGAUUUCAAGAAAAAAUCAAUACAAGAGACGGAUAUGUAUUUCAAACAAUUGAAUGACUCAUGGAUUUAG